AUAUUCUUUAGUUCUCAAAAGACAAAAAUACCCAAACCGUACAGAACUGCAUGAAGCCUCACCACACACAAUACCGGCCCUCUCAAAGCUGAACACAGUUAAAUUAUUCGCAGCGGCGGAAGGCUGUUUUCUCCGAUCGGAACCUUAUUUUCAGUUCCUCAGCCGCCGUCAUUUGCCGCCGCAACUUUGAAUUUAUUACCUUUUCAUGUAGUCAGAUAAUAUUCUACUCCGGUACUAUCAUUUUUCUAGGGUUUGUGCCGACGUGCUUUUCCAAUUCCAGCCCCUCUAUCAAUCGAAGCCUUCGCUCUCGCCGCGCAACUGCUAGGAUUUUCUUCUGGUUACGUCCUAUUUAGCUCCAGUCGUUUCAUUUUCAUCCAUGGAUGACUGGCAGCAGUUUCUGCAAUCGGUGAUUUUCGGCGUUGUUUUCUCGUACCUGCUCGCGAAGCUCUUCUCCGUGAUCUUCGCCUUCCGUGAUGAGAAUCUCAGGAUCACGCGGGCGCAUUCGCCGGAGCUGAAAUCCGAUGGGGUAUCUGUGGAUUCUUCGUCUGGCGCUCAGGGAGAAGCUGAGCCUUUGAUCGCCAGAGACGGGAAAUCCGGGGGUGAAAGGGAGGUGAUCGGCGAUUUUAGCGACAGUGACGAUGAUUGGGAGGGCGUUGAGAGUACAGAGCUGGAUGAGCUGUUCAGUGCCGCCACUGCAUUCGUUGCGGCCACGGCUGCUGAUCGGGCAGCGGUGAAGGUGUCGAAUGAUGUCCAGUUGCAGCUUUAUGGAUUGUAUAAGAUUGCCACCGAGGGGCCGUGUUCGACUCCCCAGCCUUCAGCUCUGAAAAUGACUGCCCGUGCCAAAUGGCAAGCAUGGCAGAAACUGGGUGCCAUGCCUCCUGAAGAAGCAAUGGAGAAAUACACUGAUAUUGUUACUGAGUUAUAUCCUACUUGGGCUGCUGGUGCUGCCACCAAGAAAAAAGAUGAAGGGAGAUGUGACACGCAGAAUGCAGGCUCCCAGGGGCCGAUGGGACCUGUUUUUAGUAGCUUCAUAUAUGAGGAGGAAUCUGGAUCUGAACUGAAAAUGGAUGCUAUGCAUGCCUUUGCACGAGAAGGGGAUGAAGAGAAGUUGCUCCAUUGCAUAGAGAGUGGUGUGCCGUUAAAUAUAAAAGACAGCGAGGGCCGCACCCCUUUACACUGGGCUGUUGAUCGAGGCCAUCUGAAUGUCACAGCACUGCUUCUGGACAAAAAUGCUGAUGUCAAUGCUAAGGAUGAUGAAGGUCAAACUGCAUUGCAUUAUGCUGCUGUAUGCGAGAGAACUACAAUAGCGGAGUUACUUUUAAAACACGGUGCUGAUAUGGAUAUAAAGGACAAUGAGGGAGACACUCCUCGUGAUCUUUGUGAGUCGAGCUGGCCAGGGCUGGAGCUUCUGGACAAAACCGCCAAUUGAAUUGUUAAGUUCCAUGUUUGGUAUACUUUUAAAUGAUCCCACUCUUUGUACAAAUGGCAAAAAACCGAUCAUCUGGAGUACAUUGGUCCCUUUUCUACUUUGAGGGUUUUGUUACUUAGUUUUAGCCGUAUUUUGCCAUCUUGAAUUUGUAUUUCCCGACGCCAAAAAUUCGCUCAUUGUUAAAAGGGGCUGGCUGAAAAGAAAUUUAAAGGAUUUU